CUGUAGAAAUUCCGAGGACAGACUGCAAGUCCUCAGUCCAGGCACAAAACCUCAUUGGACUGGAGAACGAUCGGAGGGCUAAGAGGGAAUUAGGCAGAAUCCUUUAGUCAAGCAGGGCUGGUUAAAUGUAGAUACCUAUUAAAAAUAAACAAGAAAAGGUGACAAAGAGGAGAACUGAAAGAGAAAAAAUAAGGUUUUGGAAUAAUGGGCUCUACAGUGCUUUAUGUGAUUCUUCUGUCUGUACUGCUGUAUAUCUCCAGCAUGCAGACUCAGGAGCUGCAGGAGCAAGAUGCCAUCUGCAAUGAGAGCAGCUGUAUAGUAAUCUACCUUCAGCGCAAGACCUUCCUCAAUGCCUGGCGCAGCUGCAAGACACAGGGUGGCAACCUUGUCACUAUCAAGAGUUCAGAGGAUGUAAACCUGAUUGAGACUCUUUUCUCUAAUCAAAUGCUAAUGGAAAGUAGGCAUUUGUUUUUGUGGAUUGGCUUGCAAAGGCAGCCCCGUAAGUGUGCUGCCAGCCAUCCAAUGCGCGGCUUCUCCUGGAUUACCGGUGAGCAAAAUACACAGUACACUAACUGGCUGCAGGAGGAUUCUCCAAGCACUUGUAUGGCUCAACGUUGUGUGGGCAUAGGCUACAGUCCUUCUGAGAAAAAUAGCCCAGACAACUUCAAGUGGAAAGAUGGAUCUUGCUCAAUCCCUGUAGAUGGCUACUUGUGCAGGUACACUUUCUCUGGCAUGUGUCAAGCUAUUUCAAAUGAAGGCUAUGGAAAUGCACUGUACACAACUCCAUUUGACCUUGUUACCUCUCUUUUGACUCACAUUCCAUUUGGGACUAUUGCUACUGUACCUUGCCUAACUAAAGGUGACCAAACAGUACUGUGUACUCAUAGAGAGGAUAAGACUACAGGUUGGAACAUAGAUCCUCCUUUCUGCUCUGAUAUUCCAAAGACAAGAUGGUGUGAAAGGGAUAAUGGUGGCUGCGACCACUAUUGCAUAGAAGAUGACACCCACUACUACUGUGAUUGUAAGGAAGGCUUCAUCUUGGCUGAAGAUAGCAUAAGUUGCUUUCAGACUGACCCCUGUCAUGAAUCUCCUUGUGAGUAUGAAUGUCUGGCAGUAAUGGACAGUUAUCGCUGUGCCUGUCCUGAGGGCUACAUGUUGGCACCAGAUGAGCAAGGCUGUCUGGAUGUCAAUGAGUGCUUGCAGAGUCCAUGUGAACAGAUCUGUGUAAAUGCACCAGGCACCUUUGAGUGUCGCUGUCGUGAAGGCUAUAAAGCUGACGAAGUUGGAACUUGUGAGGAUGUAGAUGAGUGUACGGCGGAUCCAUGUGAACAUGAUUGUGAAAAUGUAAUUGGUUCUUACAUAUGUCAUUGUCACCAUGGCUUUGCAGCCCUUCCAGGGGAUCCAAGUCACUGCUUCGAUAUUGAUGAAUGUCAAGUUGAGGGAAUCUGUGAGCAAAUGUGCAUAAAUUCUUUUGGGGGAUUCGAAUGCUACUGUGAAGAGGGUUUUGAUCUCCAAAAUGACUUUUAUUCAUGCAAACCCAUUUAUGAGCAGCAAUCUUCCACAGUACCAUCCAUCCUCUUAAUCACAGAUUUUACUAAUCGUAUGGAAGAAAACCAUGACCCUGAUUACUACAAGCCAAAGGAAAAUGAAUCUCUGGAUUGGCUUACUGAUACUUCUAAUGUGGAGAUGGUCCCCACUGACCUGCUGUGGCCUAAUGGUGCAAACCAGGAGGUAACCUUACCAACUGAAAGCCCUACUAGUAUGAUUACUGAAACUGAAACGGAUAACGCAGAUCAGCAAACAGUUGCUAUGGAUACCUUUUUAUCUUCCACUACUUCAACAUUGUCAGAAUAUUAUGAGGAAAAGAGUACCACAGAAUUCAUAGUGUUUCCUACCACAACUGUAGCAGGUGGUGCUUCUAUCCCAAGCGAUCCAGACAAUGAGAAAAUAAAAACACACAGCCCUUACACUACUGACACAGAUGAUGAGAACCUUCUUGAUAACGGCAGCCAUGAUUAUGAAUCUACAACCUCUUACAAUGAAUUACAAACCUUUACACAAGCAUAUCUAUCGACUCAGGAAGAUAAGAAUACCAGCAGCGUUGAGCAGAGUCAGGGCAGCAGCUGGCUGCUGGUUGGAUUGUUGGUACCACUUUGCAUAUUCAUUGUCGUGAUGGUGGCACUGGGUAUCAUCUACUGUACUCGGUGCACAUCUAAGCCACAGAACAAGAAUGCCACUGAGUGUUACCACUGGAUUCCUGGUGCUGGUGAUAAAGCUGUUUCUGAUUUGGCAAGCGGUGGUGUAACAAAAGUUUAACCAAAUUGUGCCAGGACUAAGAAAUGGACAUAAACAUGCACAGAUAAAAAAAAAAAAAUUUACAGCAGAUGGUAGGACAAGGAAAUUAACUGUCUUGUAUCAGUACAUUCCUCGACUGUAAAUGGUGAAUGAUGGGUGAAUGAAUGUCUGUCCCUAAUGAAUUGAGGAAAUAAGAGAAACUGGGAAACACUAUUUCUCUGCUGUACUCUGCUGAAAGAAAAAAAAAUCUUUUUUUAUUAUUUGUUUUUAUUUAGCCUUCUCAUCCUACCUGUGACAUGGUUGCUUUACUGUUGCAAUGUAGCACCCACAAGGUCAUAGCUAAUGUGAAAAAACACCUUAGCCUUGUUUCACAUAUUUAUUACUUUUUUUAAACGUUUGAAGGAGCAUUUUUAUUAAAAUCUAUUUCAUGUAAUUUCAUUGUUUGCGCCUCACAGUAGCCUUAGUGAAUUUUACUUUGUGAAAGUACUCUUGAUACUGUUCUGUACUACAUGUUUCAAAUCUCUGAGCCAGAUUAAAUGAAUGACAUUUUUGGAUUUAAAACCCAUAAAUGGACCAAAUCUUUUGAUUGUUACAGUGGACAUCACAAAGUCAUACUUAACUGUCAGCUAUUAAUGUAGGGUAAUGUUUUUUAUCAACAUUAAGGAAAUUAUAUUGAGAUAGAGAUUGAGGCUUGAAUUUUGUUUUUUUAAUUUAUGCAUAUUCUUAGUGGUGUCAUUAAACAUAUGUACAACAAAUCUGAUUAGGAUUACAUAGAUGAUAUAAUGUGGUCAAGCAAAUAAUGUCAAAAAUAGUUUAAAUGUGUAAAUACUGGACUUUCUCUGAUGAACACCUGUUAGAUGAAUUCUUUCUUGCAAGUUCUGCUCAUUAAAGUAUGAUUCCACUUUG